CUCGCGAGAUCAGGAGGCUCCGAGCCGGGCGCGCACUGCGCACAGUGGAGGUCGUUGGAGUCACUGCAGCUGACGGCCCGUUCCCUCCCCGCCCUAGCCAUGCUGUCCGCUCUCGCCCGGCCUGCCAGCGCUGCUCUCCGCCGCGGCUUCAGCACUUCGGCCCAGAGCAAUGCUAAAGUAGCUGUCCUGGGAGCUUCUGGGGGCAUUGGACAGCCCCUUUCGCUCCUCCUGAAGAACAGCCCCUUAGUGAGCCGCCUGACUCUCUACGAUAUCGCCCACACGCCCGGUGUGGCAGCAGAUCUGAGUCACAUCGAGACCAGAGCAAACGUGAAAGGCUACCUCGGACCUGAGCAGCUGCCAGACUGCCUAAAAGGUUGUGAUGUGGUGGUGAUUCCAGCUGGAGUGCCCAGGAAGCCAGGAAUGACACGGGAUGACCUGUUCAACACCAAUGCUACCAUUGUGGCCACCUUGACGGCUGCCUGUGCCCAGCACUGCCCUGAAGCCAUGAUUUGCAUCAUCGCCAACCCGGUUAACUCCACCAUCCCUAUCACAGCAGAAGUUUUCAAGAAGCAUGGCGUGUAUAACCCCAACAAGAUCUUUGGUGUAACGACCCUUGACAUUGUCAGAGCGAACACAUUUGUGGCAGAACUGAAGGGUUUGGAUCCAGCUCGUGUCAAUGUGCCUGUCAUUGGUGGCCAUGCUGGGAAAACAAUCAUCCCGUUGAUCUCUCAGUGUACCCCCAAAGUUGACUUUCCCCAAGACCAGCUGGCCACACUCACGGGGAGGAUCCAGGAGGCUGGCACAGAAGUCGUGAAGGCCAAGGCUGGAGCAGGUUCUGCUACGCUGUCCAUGGCUUAUGCCGGAGCCCGCUUUGUCUUCUCCCUCGUGGAUGCCAUGAACGGGAAGGAAGGAGUUGUUGAGUGUUCUUUUGUUCAGUCCAAGGAGACAGAAUGCACCUAUUUCUCCACACCCUUGCUGUUGGGGAAAAAGGGCCUGGAGAAGAACCUGGGCAUUGGCAAAGUAACUCCUUUUGAGGAGAAAAUGAUUGCCGAGGCAAUACCCGAGCUGAAAGCCUCCAUCAAGAAAGGCGAGGACUUUGUCAAGAACAUGAAGUGAGUGAGCGUUUUGAGCCUGGAGCAGCAGCACCCUAACUUAUUCCGCAUCAUGUCACUGAAGGCACUGGAGAGUCUUAAUUUGCUUUGAUGGAGGGUGUCCUGUCCACAUCAACAUCCCUUCUGAAUUUUGGCUAGUCUGUUAACGAUGACAAUAAAGCAGACUCCGAUUUUCUUUUU